GUUGUUGUUUUCAACUGAAACUUAAAGAGCUGAAAAUGUUUUGUGAUCUGCAACCGUGACCAUAACCAUUGACAUCGCGAAACGUUCAACACAAUCGGAGUUUCGGGCAAAAUUAACAGCUAUGGCUGACACAGCGAAGAAAAUGGAAGUUGACUCUACUAAAAAGAAAGUACCCCAGGUACCCGAAACUCUUCUAAAAAAGCGUAAAUAUCAGGCCGAGCAAAAAGCUAAACGUCUUUUACAUGCUGCAAAAACUCAAAAGCUUCGUCGAGAAAAGAGGCGUUUAAUUUUCAAACGUGCAGAGUCUUACGUGAAAGAAUACAGACGUAAAGAGCGAGAUGAAAUUCGUCUUAAGCGAAUGGCUAGGAAGGCUGGAAAUUUUUAUGUUCCAGAUGAACCUAAAGUAGCCAUAGUUGUGAGAAUAAGAGGUAUCAAUGGAGUAAGUCCUAAACCUCGCAAAGUACUGCAGUUGUUCCGUCUGAGACAGAUCAACAAUGCUAUGUUCGUUAAAUUGAACAAGGCUACCAUUAAUAUGCUUCGUAUUGCAGAACCUUACAUAGCUUGGGGAUAUCCAAAUUUGAAAACAGUAAAAGAAAUGGUAUACAAAAGAGGUUUUGGAAGAGUUAAUAAAAGGCGAAUUCCACUUACUGAUAAUGCCAUCAUUGAAAAAGCAUUAGGCAAAUAUGGCAUCCUUUGUGUUGAAGAUUUGAUUCAUGAAAUCUACACUUGUGGACCUAAUUUCAAGAAAGCCACCAACUUCUUGUGGCAUUUCAAGCUAAAUAAUCCAAAAGGAGGUUGGAGAAAGAAGACCAUCCACUAUGUUGAAGGGGGAGACUUUGGAAAUAGGGAAGAGAAAAUUAAUACUCUUCUCAGAAAAAUGAUAUAAGAACUGCUCUGCACUAAUAAAUUGUACAUUUCCAAAAA